UGGUAAGUUGACAUGAGAAUCUGAAUCAGCAAGCAAAGCAAAGCAAAGAGCGUAUUUGGCGCAUUUAGAAGAUACUUGCUCGCAACUUUACUUCACACUGUUUGGUAAACGAAACAAGCAAUGUUCGUUAAAGCAGCGUUUCUGCGCCAACACUGGUUAGUUUCCAUCGCCAAUACGACACGGCUAGUGCAAGUCCUCCUCGUCGUUUAGCACUCACGUUUUCUUUUCACUGAAAAGUAAAAAUAAAUAAAAAAGCACAGCAUCAUCCCAAACGCUACGAGAUCUCAAUCACGCGAUUUCGAAGCUUUUCUGCGACCAAUGGAGUUCGACCCGAUCCCAGUCGGUUCGUGCUCCAAAGAACACCAGACGAUCUAUAAGGACUGGUUCAAUAUCGCUGAUUCAGAUAACGAUGGCCGCAUUACGGGGAGUGAUGCCACCAAGUUUUUCGCCAUGUCCAAUUUGUCUCGCCAAGAUCUUAAGCAGGUGUGGUCUAUUGCUGAUUCAAAGCGACAAGGAUAUCUUGGUUUCACUGAAUUUAUCAUUGCUAUGCAGCUAGUUUCUUUGGCACAAUCUGGGCACUCAAUAACACAAGAUCUGCUGACUAGUGAUGUUGAUUUUAGAAAUUUGAAACCUCCCACAAUGGACGGUUUGGACAUAUUACUUAAGAAAAAGCAUAAACAAAAAGAUGUUGAUGCAAAUGGUAGUCCUCAAUUGCACCAACCACUAUCAAGUAAUUGGUUUUCUUCAAAGUCAACCAAAAAGGUGUCGCUUUCCUCUGUGACAUCAAUAAUUGACGGCUUGAAGGGGCUUUAUAUUCAGAAGUUGAAGCCUUUAGAAGUUACUUACCGCUUUAAUGAUUUUGUAUCCCCAUUACUGACAGAGAGUGACUUUGAUGCCAAACCAAUGGUUAUGCUUUUGGGUCAGUACUCAACUGGUAAAACAACAUUUAUCAAACAUCUACUUAAAAGUAGCUAUCCAGGAGCACAUAUUGGACCUGAGCCUACAACUGAUAGGUUUGUUGUUGUCAUGUCUGGAACUGAUGAAAGAACCGUUCCUGGAAAUACAGUUGCUGUCCAAGCAGACAUGCCAUUUAGUGGUCUUACAACUUUUGGCACAGCAUUUUUGUCAAAAUUUGCAUGUUCACAAAUGCCUCAUCCACUAUUGGAACACAUCACAUUUGUCGACACUCCUGGAGUUCUAUCUGGAGAAAAGCAACGGACACAACGAGCAUAUGAUUUUACGGGUGUAACAUCUUGGUUUGCUGCUAAGUGUGAUUUAAUACUCUUGCUGUUUGAUCCUCACAAACUUGAUAUUAGUGAUGAGUUCAAUCGUGUGAUAUCAUCUUUACGGGGACAUGAUGACAAAAUUCGAGUGGUUUUGAAUAAGGCAGAUCAAGUUGACACCCAACAACUGAUGAGGGUUUAUGGAGCCUUAAUGUGGUCACUUGGAAAGGUGCUGAAGACACCUGAAGUGAUGCGCGUGUAUAUUGGGUCCUUCAAUGACAAGCCUGUGAAUGAUGCUGUCACUGGUCCAAUUGGUAAAGAACUCUUUGAAAAGGAACAGGAUGAUCUUCUUUCGGAUCUGAAAGAUGUACCAAAAGCGGCUUGUGAUCGAAGAAUCAAUGAGUUUGUAAAACGGGCCCGAGCAGCCAAGAUACAUGCUUAUAUUAUCAGUCAUCUUAAAAAGGAAAUGCCUGCAAUGAUAGGUAAAGCUAAAGCUCAACAAAAGCUCGUUGAUAAUUUGGCAGGGGAAUUUGGAAAGGUGCAGAGGGAGUUCCAUUUACCUCCUGGUGAUUUCCCAAAUGUAGAGCAUUUUAGAGAGACCUUGAGUGGUUACAAUAUUGAUAAGUUUGAAAAACUGAAACCGAAAAUGAUACAAGCAGUUGAUGACAUGCUAGCUUAUGACAUUCCUAACCUCUUGAAGAAUUUUAGGAAUCCCUAUGAUUAAAUUUCUGAGCAAUUGUGUCGGUGAUAUAAUUAGAUUAGUUGUGACAUUUGUGUCAUACAAAUUUUACGGGGUCUUUAUGUAAUGUACGUGCCUCAUGGAAUCUUUAUGUGCCAUCUGGUGCCCCUUCUUCUGUAUUAGGAAGUAGUAUUAUUCCAUAUCUGUUUUUGUAUUUGAUCUUGUUAUCUACAAUAAAGUUUUAAGACAAAAUAAAGGGUAAACACAAUUACUUGUU